UAAAGAAGGAAAUUCGAACAGUUGUAGCGUUGGGCGGAAAAACACCGAAGAGCCGAGAAGCAAUGGAGACUAAAGGAACUGUUGUCGUGCUUUUAGCAUCAAUUCUAAGUGUGCCUAUGGCGUAUUUUGUCAACUUGAUUCCGGGGAUCGAAAAAAGUCCACUUCCAAUAUUUAUAGUCGCUUUGGUUUGCCUCCUUGUCGCGUUUAUUAUUCCAGCCGCCGCUAAAUUCAAAUCGUUCGUGCAAAAUGACGACCCUCUUUAUUACGCUAUGAGCAUACUAACAUUUGCAGCAGUGAUUGAUCUCACCAUUGCCCUGGAGAAUGACAAACUAAUACACAGCGUCAUGGCAUUUUAUUUUGUAAGCGGUGAACCAUACCUAAAGACUGGGCAUGGUUCAGCCAUCAACUACCACGAUGGAAUCCUUCAUUUUGCUUGUUACAUCAUUAUUUUGCUUGCUAUGGAUAAUAGGAAAAACUACCGUGAAGUGGGACUUUACUGGGGUGGAUCCAUAAUCAACAGUCUGGUAGUGCUAAUGGUGGGUGGAGCUGUAGGAAAACAUGGAGCUAGAUGGUCUAUGCUGUUGAAUGUAAUAUACAUGGUGGUGCCCAUAUGGAUAACCAAGAAAGUGCUUGAUAAACCGCCUAAUAUUAAGGAAAAGGCUUCAACCAGAAGUUUAGGGAAGAGACCAUUUGAUAUUUUAACCAUUGUUCUUCUACUUUCAACGAUGUUUAUCUACAUAUUUAAAGGACUUGCUGCGCUGGGUUGUAAUUCUACCAUCACACAAACUUUUAUGAAGGAUUAUGAACCCUAUUUGAAAGACACUUUAGCUUUUCCCAAGGUUCAGAUGCUGACCUACCUGUUUUACUUUGUCCCAUUUAGUGCCUUUGCCAGCUACUCUUUGUUCAAUGCUCCAGCUAAGCAGUGGUUUCUGGACUGGCUGAUUAUUUACGCUGGAGCCACAGCCAAUGGUCAGGUGACCUACAUAAUCGGCUCCUUCCACCACCUCACGUCCAGUCAGUACAGACUUCCGAGCACCCCUGAGGUUCAGUGGGUUUUCUGGGCACUAAAUCUCUUCCUUCUGGUCGUCCCACACAUCCUGCUCCUCCAUUACUAUCGUGCUCAUACAAAUGAAGGAAAAACCGAAAGCAGCUACAACCGAACACCAUUGAAGAAUCCGGAAAUCAGAUCCAGAACACCAAGCAGUGGCUACAACCUAAGGAAUCGCACUGUUCAGAACAAAGAGUAGUCAACGAUUAAGUCGUGUGUUAAUCACACUGAUGAGAACAAAGAGUAAUCAACAAUUUAAGUGGUGUGUUUAGAUCAUUUUUAUAGAAGGUAGAAAUAUAGCACGUAACCAACAAUGAUAAAACAAAAACCCUGCUUUUCAAAGAUUUUGGUUUCUUGUAGCAACAAGACUAAUGUACCAAUAGUCUGUUUAGUAUUUUUUUGUAGGCAGAUGUAUACAUGUAACAUGUGUGCAUUUUAGCAAUCACAUGGGAAUAGUCUUUAUAUCCUUUACAACUAAUUAACAUAAUAAAUGAGACACGUUCUGAUUGGCUAGCUAUGGGUACUUAAUCAUGUCACCGGCUGACAUUGGGGGUACGAAAUGGAAUAUGUGCCACGUGUUAUAACGGCUUAUCCUUAUACUUGCUGUUAGAUAACCAAUGAAUUAUUUCACAUAUACAUGUAUAUAUACACAUAUAUAUAUAUUUAUACUUGUAUAUGGGAAAUUAAUUUGUGAUCUAGAUGACAUUGGAAAUAAAUUCUUUCUUGGGUUGUAUUGAAAAAACAACACGGGUAAAUGUUUAAUAAAGCAGGUUUGAUCUUCAACAUAUACAUGUAAUGGGCAGCAAUUUAUGUUGUUUAUCAGAAAAAUGUUAUAUUUUUACACAUAACCACCAGUACUUUUGAUAGAUUUUAUGCAUAUAAUUUUAUAGAGAGAAAAAAAACUCACCUCAGACCUGGCAGACAUCGUUUUUGAGUUAUGGACUUUAGAACAGAAAUCUGCCAGGUAUUGUAAUCAUAUAUAAAACUAUUUUUUAACCAAUCAGAGUGCUCUACUGUGUAGUACCUUGUAUUUGUGUAACAUGUAUUCCUGUAUUUUUGCUCAUGGAAAUGUAUUGUUUUGAAUUUGCACAAGACCAACAACUGUUUAUAUUGUUGUUGUUGUCGGUUCCUUUUUAUUUACGUGCAGGUGUACUGGUAUUGUCCACACUAGUGCGCCCCCUUCCAGAUACCUGGCUAGCUGCACGCAUGGCAGUUCUCGCCUCAGAUCUCCCAUUUUUUCCAAUCCUGAGGGUUGGCAGUAGAGAGCUUCCACUCUCUGAAAUCUUUCUCUACCAGCUCUCUCCAAGAUAUUUCUGGCCGACCAAUUCCAGGCCUUCCAGAAACUUGUACAUUUAGAGUGCAAACGUAAAAGCAAUCGGCAGCACUUCCAUGCAGUUGCUCAAUAUUUCAUUAUUCACUUUUUGCACAUUUUGAUUAUUUUUAUGCGAGUUUUUCCUAUGUCUACAGAAGAGGGCUGUUUGAUAUUCGGUAGAUGCAUUACAAUAGUAAAUAUACAUUGUACAUCUGUAGCAUCUGAAACAUUUCUCAUACCGUCUAAAAUAUAACUAUAAUACGUAAGAGGACUUUUAUAUUUCAUGGGUCGGACCCAUUUGCUUAGGCCUUUCUAUUAAUGCCACAUUGGACACUUUGACAGCCUUGUGACAUUGAACAAUAUCUACAUUCACUCAAUCUUUUAUCUUUCUUUUGAAAUUGUCAUUGCUUUCAUCUGCGACAAUGAAUACAUGUUUGUUGCAAACUAGUUUGAUCGGGUUUUUUAAUCCUUUGACCUUCAGACACCGGUGUAGGAAUCCUUUCUAGUGAUACUUAUGACAGAAAUUGUCUAUCAUAGGCUGUGGGAUUUUCAUGUUUCACAUUUUACUGGUGUGACACAGCCAAUUCCCAUUCCAUUAAUCCAUUUCUUUUUUAACCCUAGUGUGUUUCAAUGUUGAACAAGGAUUUUUAUGCUGUGCUUGGGAAGGGUUUGUGAUAUAUUUUUUUUACUUUCAGAGUAUUGAAUUAUGAAAGUGUUCAAAUUUAGUACUUUAGCAUAUGAUUUCUGACAUGGUUUUAGGGAAUAUUGUUAUUAUAGCAUUAACAACACAUAGAAGUACAUGAUUUCAUCAAUUAACAGUGAUAGCUAAAUGUAUUUUCACAAAUUGCAUGCAUAUUAUAUAGAUAAUCUACGAUGUCUGCAUCUAUAUUUAGAUGUUUAUGGUGUAGUCUUAGUUACAAUCAAAAGUGUAAAUGAUACAAUAUAGGUACUGAAAGACUAUCACAGUAUUAAAUGAUACAAUAUAGGUACUGAAAGACUAUCGCAGUAUUGCUCAAGAUGAGAUUUUGUUUAGUAAUAUAUGCGAAACCAUUUGUGAAAGUAAAUUCUUGUACAGACGUAGUAUGCAACAGAGGUGUAAGUUUUCACUGUGUGUACAAUGUAUAUUUCACAUAAACAUGUUUGUAUCUUUACAAGAUGUUAUACAGGGAUGUUAUACUAUUUUCUGGUAGUACAUAUUAACAUUUAUGUAGUGCUUUUAAAAGUCCCCCAUUACUAAUAUACCCAGUAUAUACAAAUAUACUUCAUGUUUCGUUUGAAAGCAAUAGAGAUAUUAAAUAUCAGUAGUAAAUCUA